ACUGCCUUCUGGGUAAGAUGUCUCCCCAAAAUUUGAAGAGCGCAUGCGUGCGCUGCCUCUUUCCUUUUGCCUCGUUGCAUCCGAGGAAGCAAGAUGGGUCACCAGCAGCUGUACUGGAGCCACCCUAGAAAAUUCGGCCAGGGUUCUCGCUCUUGCCGCGUCUGCUCAAACCGGCACGGUCUGAUCCGGAAAUACGGCCUCAAUAUGUGCCGCCAGUGUUUCCGCCAGUACGCGAAGGAUAUCGGCUUCAUCAAGUUGGACUAAGUGAACGUCCUUGAAUGGAUCGUCCAGCACAUCUACCCUAUGCAGAAACAAUGCUAAUUCCUUGUAUAUAAAAUAAAAAUUUCAAUUAUGAGUGA